AUGAAGGGCGAGCUACUGCGUGCUGUGGUGUGGAUUAUUGGACGUUGCGCUGUGAGCGGUUCGAGUUCGAGCAUUGCACGACGGAAGGAAAGCAUGACUAUCUCAGCAAUUCCCCCACAAGAACCCGUCUGGUGUUUGGACCGGCGGGACUCGGGCCAUCUGUUCUGGCGCCGGGAGUCAUCGAAGGUGAAGUUUCGGUACGAUGUGGAGGUGCUCGAGUUCACCAAAGAUCCGUACGAAGAUCAACUACUGAUCACCGACAGUGAGAUGCAUCGGACCAAGCAACAGCAAGCGGGUGCCGUGUCCAACAUGAUCGUCGUGUGUGUGACGUGUGUUGCGGCCAUUGCCGUCACCGUGGUGUUACCGUGGUUUCUGAUCGGAUCGGCUUAG